AGGCACGCCGUAUGCUCAACAACAAAAAUGGAGUAUGCAGAAAUGAAGAACAACUACAACAACGCUAGAGCACUAAUAAAUAAAUUUCAAUAUACAUCAAAGAAAGUGGUAAAACAAAAAUGUAGUCUUAAAUUUCUUUUAAAAUGCAGGAAAUCUAAGUUAGUUCCUAAUUUCAUAAAAUGUACAACUAGAUGCAAUAGUUUAUUUAUAUUUGAUCGUAACGCACAAACAGACAUAGACAGAACCUUAGAUAAACACACACAUUACUUUCACACAAAAAUACUAAGUCUUCUAAUAAAACAAAAACACAACAUAUUAAAACGACAGAAACAGCAGAUGGAGCAAAUAACAACAAAACUUAAGGAACAUCUUGGCGCGGAAGAUUUUGAAAUAUUAUUGCAAAGCGAAACAAAAAUCGCAGAAAAAUUAACAACAACAGUGAGGCAACGACAAGAAGCGAAGUAUGAAAAACUGCGAAAAAGUCGAAAUCACCUCUUAUUUGACAACAACAAAAAUGAAGAGUGGUUUGUAAACACAACAAACGUCGAGUUUCCUCAAGAUGUAAAAAUGCUUUUGUCAAAAGGUCCAAAGUUUGCUCUCCCAAUUGAAAAUAAACAGUUCCCUUUAUUUAAAUACAUAGCGGAUGGAGAGGAUCUCGUGCAAACAAUCAAAGUCAAAGAGAAGCAAGAGGAAGCAAGAACAAAAUUCUCUUUACUGAUAAAAGACCAUACUACAACAAAUAGGCAAAGUGCAAUAGAUCGUGCAAUAAUAGACACAGUGGGACGGACGCGGAAAUUUCUUAGCAAAAAUGAUAAUAUUCGUAUUUUAACUUCGGACAAGGGCAACAAAACAGUAGCAAUGGAAAUAUGUGACUAUAAUAAGAAAAUGGAAGAUAUAUUGAACGACUUGACAAUGUAUAGGAUACAAAGACAGGAUCCCACAUCUAGACUACAGAGCAAAAACAAUAGUCUAGUCGAUAAAAUUUAUAAAUUGGAGUUAAUUUCAAAGAUCGAGAGGAACAAACUCACCACAAACACGGCCCUGUCUCCAAGGAUUUAUGGACUACCAAAAUUACAUAAAGAAGGAAUCCCACUUAGACCAAUAUGCUCUGCCACCGGAUCACCAGCACAUAACCUUUGUAAAUAUGUAGCAGACAUUUUGAAAAAUAUAACGACUGUUUCGGCAUACAACAUUAAAAAUACCCUGGAAUUUAAAAGCAAAAUUAAUAACACCUAUAUUUUUGACGAUGAAAAAUUAAUAUCUUUUGACGUAGUAUCACUUUUUCCCAGUAUCCCAACACAAUUAGCACUUGACAUUAUAAAAGAUAAAUGGACGACAAUAGAGAAACACACAAAUAUACCAAAGAAACUGUUCAUAGAAAUACUUAAGUUCUGCAUCGAAGAGAACAGAUAUUUUAAAUUUAACGAAACUGUAUACACUCAGCUAAAAGGAUUGCCGAUGGGGUCACCAACCUCCCCAGUGAUAGCUGAUAUAGUCAUGGAAGAAUUAUUAGAAAACACAGUUAAAAAGUUAGCACGUCCACCUAGAUUACUAACAAAAUACGUUGAUGAUCUAUUUGCAAUAAUACGUGAAGAUGAAGUACAAAGCACACUUGACAAACUAAAUUCCUUCAAUAAAAAUAUAAAAUUCACAAUAGAACUUGAGGACGACGGAAAAUUGCCUUAUUUGGACUCUAUGAUUAUUAGAAGAGGAAAUGAACUGAAACUAACGUGGUAUAAGAAACCCACAUCAAGCGGACGAAUCAUCAGUUUUAACUCAAAGCAUCCAAAGACGAUGAUUAUAAAUACAGCAAUGGGCUGUAUACGGCGAAUGUUACGGAUAACAGAUGACACUUACCACACAGAGAUUAAGAAUGAAAUUAAAAUAUUAUUAAAAAACAAUGAUUUUCCCGACAAUAUUAUAAAAACCCUGUUAAGAAGAUAUGCAAUUGAAAAUAAUCACGAUAAAUUAAAAACCACAAAAAUAUUCAAGUCAGUAGCUUAUGUACCAAAAUUAUCAGAGCGUUUGGUAAAGUCAGAUUGCUACAACACAGAAGAUAUAAAAAUAGCCCAUAAACCAACCAAUACGCUAAAAUAUAUGUUUAAUAAAACAAAAACAAAAAUACCGCCGUUGGAAAAAAGUAAUGUAGUUUACCAAAUCCCUUGCAAUGGAAAAGAAAAUGAACCAUGUGAUAGCAUAUAUGUGGGAACAACAAAAGGAAAAUUAAAAUCACGACUAUCACAGCAUAAAUCAGACUACAAAUAUUCCCAUCAAAAUNUCACGACUAAAACAGCACUCAUGGCCCACUGUACCAAAAACUCACAUACACCGAACUUCGACAGAGCGAUCGUGCUCCAACAAGAACAGCAUUAUAGCAAGAGAUUCACUUUGGAAAUGCUGCACAUUAUAAAUACACCAACAAACAACCGAAUGAACUAUAAAAGCGACGUCGAUGCUAGCUCGGCACACUUGUACCGACAUUUGUUGACAAACAGAAAACCAGUCUAAAACACCACGUCAA